GGCUUUCGGUUAUUAUGGGCUGACGCAGAUCUAGGGAUGACGUCAUUUCCCGGCGACUUCCUCGGCGCCGUUGUAAUAGUUCUCAUCUUCUGGUUCUCCGGCGUUGAAGCCGCCACGGAGUUUGAUUUCGGGACCUUGACUCUGAGCAGCCUGAAGCUGCUCGGCGACGCCCACUUGUACAACAACACCGUGCGUCUCACGAGGGACCUCGAUGUGCCCACCUCCGGCGCCGGGAAGGUGCUCUACGCGAAACCGAUCAGGUUCCGGCAGCCUGCGUCGAGCACUCCGGCGAGCUUCUCGACGUUCUUCUCCUUCUCGGUGAUUAAUCUGAAUCCGAGCUCCAUCGGAGGUGGUCUGGCUUUUGUCAUCACUCCGGAGGACGAGACGGUGGGAGACGGCGGCGCUUACUUGGGAAUCAUGGGAUCGAAGGGGCCGGCGAGCAGGGUCGUGGCGGUGGAAUUCGACACUUUGAUGGAUUUGGAGUUCGGGGACGUCAGCGGGAACCACAUCGGCUUAGAUUUGGGCUCAAUGGUAUCUACUCCGGCGAGGGAUCUGGAUGCCGCCGGCGUAAAUCUCAAAAGCGGUGACCUGGUCAACUCGUGGAUCGACUACUCCGGGUCGACUCAGCUACUCACUAUCUCCGUCUCCUACUCCAAUCUGAAACCAAAGGUUCCAUUCCUUUCAAUCCCUCUAAAUCUAGGCCUCUACGUGAACGAUUUCAUGUUCGUUGGGUUCUCCGGGUCAACUCAGGGGAGCACGGAGAUCCACAGCAUCGAGUGGUGGAGCUUCACCUCAUCAUUCGAAUCCGAUCCCAAAUCGCCGAAUUCACCCGGCCCACCACCGCCGCCGCCGACCGCCACCUUGAUGAACCCCACUGCCAACUCAGUACCAGCCCCUCCGCCAUCUAUACCUCCCUCAGAGUCGAGUAAUGCCACCGCAACUGCCGCCGUCCAGGAGGAGAAAUGCCACACCCGGCUGUGCAAACACCGUGCCGGAGCGGUUGUCGGGGUGGUCACCGCGGGCACAUUCUGCCUGGCCUUCGCCGCUCUCGCACUCCUCUGGUUCUACUCAAAGAAACUGAAACCCCCCAAAUCCUCCACAGGCGCUCUAGUCGCCUCAGAUUUCAUCAAAACCCCCAAGGAGUUCUCCUACAAGAACCUCAAAUCCGCCACGAAGGGCUUCGAUCCGUGCCGGAUCAUCGGGCACGGCGCCUUCGGGACGGUGUACAAGGGGAUAUUGCCGGAGAACGGCGAGGCCGUGGCGGUGAAGCGGUGCAGCCACGGCGGCGGGCAGGGGAAAACAGAGUUCCUCUCCGAACUCUCCAUCAUAGCCACGCUCCGACACCGGAACCUCGUCCGGCUCCAAGGGUGGUGCCACCAGAGAGGCGAAGUACUCCUCGUCUACGACCUGAUGCCGAACGGGAGCCUCGACAAGGCGUUGUUCGAGUCCCGGAUGAUCCUCCCGUGGCCCCACCGGGUCAAAAUCCUCCUCGGCGUGGCCUCUGCACUGGCCUACUUGCACCAAGAAUGCGAGUCCCAAGUGAUCCACCGGGACAUCAAAACCAGCAACAUCAUGCUCGACGAAACCUUCAACGCGAAGGUCGGGGACUUCGGGCUGGCCCGGACGGUGGAGCACGACAAGUCCCCGGACGCAACCGUGGCAGCCGGAACAAUGGGUUACCUGGCGCCGGAAUACUUGUCCACGGGCAGGGCAACGGAGAAAACGGACGUCUUCAGCUACGGGGCGGUGGUUCUGGAGGUGGCGAGCGGGAGGAGGCCGAUAGAGAAGAGGGGGGAAGGAGGGGAGAUGAGGGGGAACCUAGUGGAGUGGGUAUGGAAUCUGCACAGGGAGGAGAGACUGGUAUCGGCGGCGGACCGGAGGUUGGAAGGGGAGUUCGAGGAGGGGGAGAUGAGGAGGGUUUUGCUGGUGGGGUUGGCCUGCUCGCACCCGGACCCCAUGGCCAGACCCACCAUGAGAAGUGUGGUUCAGAUGCUGGUUGGUGAGACGGAUUUGCCCUUCGUCCCGAGGGUCAAGCCCUCCGUGAGUUUCACCACUUCUCAUCUCCUUGAGACCCUGCAGGACAGCGUCUCUGACCUCAAUGGCAUGAUCGUCUUUUCCCCUUCUUCGUCUUCUACCUCAGAGAGGAACAGCUUCAUUGCUGCUGCUGGUGCUAUGGAUGAAGUGUAAGGGUAGAUUAGUCAACAACAAAAAUUUGAACCCCAACCCAACCCCAUCCCACCUUUCUAGACACACUCACUCACCUCCUCUAAGGGCAGAUUAGUAACUGCACAGGGGUUUACUGGGGAGUUAUUUUUACAAACAUUAUAAUUCAUUAAUUUAAUUUUUUUUUAGCAUCAUUAGUAUUGUUGGAAUGUUUUGUGUAAAUUGCAAACAAGACAUAAAUAAAAUAACCACUAAUGGGCGGGCUGCAGCAAGAACAUUUUAAUGAGCUUAUAUGUUGAAGGUCUCCAUUUUCUACCUUAGUUUUCUGGAUGGUCU